UUUUGAACAGACAAAUAAUACUAAUUAAGUUAAAUAUUUUUUUGACGCUAAUCAGAAUAAAUUUAAAUAAUCAAGUCAUACAAAAACAAUACAAAAUAAAAAAACAAACAAAAAAUGCAAAUUUUAAUUGAACAACUUAAUUUUUUGCUCAGAUUUCAGCUUCAGCCCUCUGAAUUUCCUGCCGGGUUUUUGGGAGUUAUUACUGAAUUCAUUUAAAAUACGACUUAGUUUUGAUCGGAAUGAAAACCUCAAAACUUUUGUAUUCAUUGAACAUAACAUAUGCAUAGUUCAUUUUCAGUUUUAACAUUUAAUUUCGGAAAACUGCACUACCGUCACCCGGGACGAAUUUGUUACUGCAUAAUAUUUCUAGAGUUUUUUUUUAUUAGGUCCUAUAAACAUCUGAAAGACAAUAGUUUAUUGGUCCUUUUAAAAAAAACUCUGGAUUUGGAUAUGUUUGAUUAGUUUCGGAUAGAACAGAUACAGAACAGGCGCGUUUGGUGUGAAAAUAGUUUUUGCUGCAGCGUGUGUCCAAAUAGUUCAAAUCGACCACGUGUUUCUACACGCGUUGCGUACGAGGUUACGCUUACGCAUUAUUUGCGCGCUGUUUAUCUACUCUCGCGACUCUCGCGAAGGUUUUUUGCUCUCCCUCUCUCAAAUCUGCUCUCCCGUUUUUUUUUCUUCUCUCUCUCGGCGACGCAAUCUGUUUAGUUCAAGUUUGACAGCGCAGUUGUUUUUACGGAUCUGUUCCGGAUUGUAGUGCUUUUUUCGUCAUCUCGAGUGAAAAGAACCAAAAGAAAAAGCACCAAAAUGGCCCCUAAUUUGUGCACCAUUUGUCAUGACUAUGAUGAGCGUCUCGGAAGACCUGCUUCAUCUAAGGUAUUCUGCGUUGGCGGCUGCGGUAGAUGUUACCACAAACGUUGCAUGCGCAAAGUAGUGCACUUGCAUGAUACUGGCUUCUGCGUUAACUGUCGUCAGGAAACAAGCUCGUCUGUUGCGUCCGGUCGUGGCCAGAUCAGGCUGGAGACUCUGAUGGACCGGUUGAAGCGGCUGGAGGCGAAGCUUGAUGCCGGAUUUGCCGGACGGUUGCCGUCCAGAAAUCACGCCACAACUAGCAACGAACUGUCGAAAAAUCCUCCGGCGUACGCUUCGGUCGUCAAAGAUGCAGCUGGGCCGUCAAAGUUUCCGCCCAAGGUUUGGACCAAUAUCUUCCAGAAGCUUAACGCAACGCAGCUUGCCAACGCCCGGCUGGUUUGUCGCCGCUGGAACCAGAUCAUCGGUCACAGCCCGACCCUGGUGGACAAGCUGGUGCUGAACUUCCCUCGCGGAACCGUACUGACCAACAACUGCGCUCCGAUUCAAACGCUGACGAGUUCGACCAAGCUGCGCCACACCCGGGCCACCUUCCAGGAGCUGACCAUCGUCGGAGCCGCUACCUGGUGGCCAUCGAUUGGCCAGAACCUGCACACGCUAACCCUUAUCGACUGUAAGGUCUCGAUCGACAUGUUGCUGGAAAUGCUCAAAGCCACCCCGGCCCUCAAACGGCUUACGCUGACCUGCGGAGAAAACCUCUUCUUCCGCACUCUGCCCGAGGUCACCUUCACCCUGCAGUACCUCGAACAUCUCACCCUGGCCAACAUUCGCCACGUCGAGAUCCUGGACAUAUUCAAGCAAAUCUGCCCCCUGCUGAAGACGCUCAAACUGCCCGGUGAAAACCGGAACGACGAGUUCGUGGUGGCCGCAAUCCGCUUCAUCUGGGCCGCCCAGAACACGCUCGAGGAGCUUGAGCUGGCCGGCGAACCGGGUGAGCUGUGGGACCGGAUCAGCGAGGCCAUCGGGAUGCAACUGCGGCGCGUCAAGGUCGUUGCAGGAGCCCUUGACGAAAUGCGCCUCGCCAGGCUGAGCGAGACCUUUCCGACCGUUGAAGGUUUGAUGACGCCGACGAGCCGGGUUGCGGAUAAGGUUCUCACCACCAUCGGCGCCAACCUGUGCAAGCUCAAGUACCUGGACAUCACGCUGUCCUCCAGUGAUUCUCCCGACGAUCUGUGCUUCCUCAAGUCAAUGCCCGAGCUGCGCACCCUCGCCCUCCGAUGCGCCUUUCCCGCCGUCGGCUUCGGAAAUCUCAAACAUGCCAACCUGGAAUCGCUGAGCCUUCGCGGCGUUGAACAGGGCAACGGCGCAGGUGGCCACUGGUUCGCGCACUUUCCGAACCUGCGCUCGGUCGCGCUGACCGAUUGCACCGUCGACAGCUGGUCCGACCUGUUUGUGCCGGUCGUAACGCAGCUCAAGAAGCUCGCACACCUGUCGCUGGUCGGCAUUAAGGUGCGGAACGCCGGCAGCGAGUACCUUCCGGACUAUCUGGGCCAGCUGACGACGUUGCGUCUAGCCGGGUGUGACCUGUCGAAGGAUUCGCUGAUUAUGCUGUUUACGUUGUGUCCUCGGUUGACGCGGCUCUUCCUGCAGGACAUGGUGGGUGUGGACGACGAAGUCACGCUGGCGAUUUGUCAGUACGUGAGGGAGCUGCAGCAGAUUCGCGUGGUCGGUUGCGCUGGGCUGACGGAUCAGUGUCUGGAGUAUCUGUGGAACUAUUACGAGGAGUUGGACGUGGUCGAGGUGGUUGAUUGCGUCAACAUUUCGAAGGAAGCACUGGAGCAGACGUUUGCUUGAUUCACGGUUCGUUUUGUUUUUACUACGAUUACUGUUCUUAAACUGAA